GAGUCCACAUGGCCUAGCCUGCAGGCUCUCUAGCUGUUUAGCUUUGUUUAAUUAAUACGUUUCAAGCAGGCUAAGCAACCUAUGGUGGUUUCUAAAGAUGGAUCAUGUGGCUAGCUGCCAGAAAAUCCGAUGUUGUUUCCUCCAAGAGCUCCUGUUUUCACCAUCUCAUCACUCGAGCAUGCAACAGCAGCUCCAAAGCUCGCAGAGUCAACUCACUGGGUGUUCAAAUGCUCUCCAAGCAGCUGCACAGACAGAUCUUUGGUGAUAAGAAACCUAGAUGCUCUUCGAAGGCCAUCCUUCGCAGCAAAGAACACCUUCAAGAACAAGGCCUCUGGGGGAGACAAGGAAGCACACAGCCGGACAUAGACGUGCAGUUACCAUCACUACAAGGAGACAAUAUAGAUGAACAUUUCAGAACGAUAGCAAAUGAACUGGCAGAGCCGUAUCUGCAACUAGCACUCGAGAUUUCAAACUCUUCUCUCUCUCCUAUGCCGGAGCAAUGGUGCUUCAAUUCUGGAUGGACUCGCUAUAAUUCUGACGGCAGUGCAGAGUCAGUAGAUUGUCCGAGUGAUAAAGCUCUCGUGUUUGACGUGGAGGUGUGUGUUAGGGAGAGUCCGAGACCUGUACUCGCUGUUGCCGUGGGGAACGGUGGCUGGUAUUCGUGGGUGUCAGAACGUCUGGUGGCCGGUGAGAACUUCUUUGCCGGUGUUGGCACAAGUGCUACAAUGAAGGAGCUGAUUCCGAUGGAGAGUAAGAUUGAGGACAAAGAAGGGAACACUCAAGAGAGGCUCAUCGUUGGACACAAUGUCAGCUACGACAGGGCCAGAAUCAGAGAGCAGUACCUCAUCGAGAGCUCACACACCAAGUUCCUGGACACUCUGAGUCUCCACACGUGCGUGUCUGGUCAGACCACUCUUCAGAAGAUCCUCUGGAAGGCUGCCCAAAAGAACUCCCAGCAAUGGCAGCCAUGGAUGGACGUGAGCUCUCCGAACAGUCUGGUCGACGCCCACUGGUGUCAUGUGACCCGAGGAAGACGAAAGAUCAGUAAGGAGCAGAGGAGCGUGUUUGUGAAGGGGACCAUUCAAGACGUCAGAAAUCAAUUUCAGGCAUGCAUGCAAUACUGUGCGAAGGACGUGCUACACACUCACGAGUUGCUAGGGAGAGUGCUCCCCCAGUUUCUGGAGCGUUACCCUCACCCGGUUACCUUCGCUGGGAUGCUGGAGAUGGGCACCUCUUAUUUGCCUGUCAACUACAGCUGGGAACAGUACAUAGCUGAUGCUGAGUAUACCUACGAGGAGAUGGAGAGAGAAAUGAAGUGCAAACUAAUGGCCCUGGCUGACGAGGCGUGCUCACACAUACACGACCAAAGGUACCUAGAGAGCCCCUGGCUGUGUGAUCUGGACUGGAGCACCAAGGCCUUCAGGGGUAAGGCCCUCAAGACAAAACGCUCGAGGGUACAGCUGCUCAAGAGUGUUGUCGAGCGUAUGGAGUGUGAGGAAGAAGAGGAGGAGUUUCAGUUUGUAAUCAGCUCCAGUGAACUGUUAGCCCCUGGUCGCCAGUCAGUGCACAUGCCAGGAUAUCCUGAAUGGUAUCGAGCUCUGUGCAUGAAGAGGAACGACCCUCGAUGGAGACCAGGGGCCGUUAACAUUUCGGCACAGACGAGGAUAUCUCCAUACCUAUUAAGAAUGAAAUGGCAGGGACAUCCUCUCCACCACCACGACAAAUUGGGGUGGGGCUAUAUCGUCUCCAUGGAAACCGAACCGUCGGCGGAUACAAAUAAUAUAGAGACUUUGUUGAGUUUGGAUAUGGAUCUUUCACUUGACGAGAUUAUGGAGGUAUACAAUGACGAAAUGGAGGAUCUCAAAAGGGAGGAGUGUGAUGCAAAGAAUAGUGCUAACAGGGAGGUUGUCGGCCAUGUUGUUGUUACUGAGCAUGUGCAGUGUGAGGUGGAGGCAGCAAAUAAAGAGUGGAGAGCACAGCGCUUAGCAACAGAGUGGGGCACUACUGACGAUGUCGUCACCCUAGGAAAUGGAGCAACUCACUACUUCUUCAAAAUACCACACAAGGAUGGCCCUGAGGCCAACUGUGGCAAUCCCCUCUCUAAAGACUAUCUAUCCAAGAUGGAGGACGGGACGCUCACGUCUGGGGCAGGGGACACAGGCCAGAGGAUACUCACUCUUAACUCUAUGAUGUCAUUCUGGAGGAGCGCUCGAACAAGGAUCAUGCAGCAGUUUGUCAUCUGGUUGGACGAUCCGGCCGCUGUGUCAGCUGAUGGUGUGGGUAGAGUGGGAGCUAUUGUCCCUCAGGUGAUUGUGGCAGGGACGGCCACUCGGAGGGGGGUGGAGCCUACCUGGCUCACUGCCAGCAACGCUAAGACGAGUCGUGUUGGUUCCGAACAGAAGGCCAUGAUCCAGGCACCCCCGGGCUACCACAUAGUGGGGGCAGACGUGGACAGUCAAGAGCUGUGGAUAGCCGCCCUGCUAGGUGAUGUACACUUUGCUGGGAUCCAUGGUUGCACUGCUAUCGGAUGGAUGACCCUUCAGGGCAAAAGGGCGGACGGUACAGACGUUCAUAGCAACACGGCCAAGACCAUUGGCAUCAGUCGAGACCAUGCCAAGAUCCUCAAUUAUGGUCGUUUCUAUGGAGCAGGGAAACCGUUCAUCGAGCUGCUCCUACGGACGUUUAACCCCUCCCUCACUGCGGCGGAGGUAACGGAGAAAGCUGAGCUACUGUAUACGUCCACCAAAGGAGUUAGAAUGUACAAGCUGAGCAAAAAGGGUCAGAGUGUGGCAGGGGACAUGGAUCUGCCUCUGGUGGACAGCUGUCUAGUCUCCCACGACAACUGGAAGCUAAUCUGUGACGUGCAUGGAUACCACAGUGCCAGUAAGAUGCUCUCCUCCCGAGUGUGGUACGGUGGUAGUGAGUCUCACCUGUUCAACAAGCUGGAGAGUAUUGCCCUCUCUGACCAUCCCUCCACCCCCGUACUGGCCGCCUCCCUCACAAGAGCACUCGAGAAACAACACGUCGGAAAUCAGUUCCAGCCCAGUCGAGUGAACUGGGUGGUCCAGUCGUCAGCCGUCGACUAUCUCCAUCUUCUCCUCGUCUCUUGUCAAUGGAUGUUUCGAUGCUUCAACAUCUCCGGCCGUUUCUGCAUCAGCAUCCAUGAUGAGGUACGCUAUCUAGUAAAGAGUGAGGACCGGUACAGAGCAGGCCUAGCUCUCCAGUACGCCAACCUGUACACCAGAGCUAUGUUCUCACACAAGCUGGGACUUCAAGACCUACCAAUGUCUGUGGCGUUCUUCAGUGGUGUGGAUGUGGACAGAGUACUUAGGAAGGAGGCCACCCUCGAUUGCAAGACGCCCUCCAACCCUCUCGGCAUGGAAAAAGGACACGGCAUCCCCAAUGGUGAGGUGCUGGAUAUCUAUCAACUGAUUGACAAGACAAACGGACAAUUAAUUAAAUAAUUUGUGUUUUAUUUUUGUGGUAUCAAAGACUGUCACAUUGUAUCAUUUUUUAUGCUCGUAAAAUGAUUAACAAUAAUUUAUUGACAGUCAGGACAUAUUAAAGUGAUCGUUGGCAAUUUC